UUUGAUAUUGUAAGCACGUCUUGGAAUUGUGUAAGGCGGUAUAAUGAAACCGGUUUUAUAUUACGAUCAACGCAGUCCUCCGGUACGCAGCGUUUUAAUGCUAUUAAAAAUUCUUAAUAUUGAAGUGGAUUUAAAGUUUAUCGAUCUAUUUAAGGGUGAACAAUUAAAGCCGACUUUUAAAGAGCUAAAUCCUGCCCAUACCGUGCCCACUCUUGUCGAUGAUAAUUUAAUUUUGACUGACUCGCAUGUAAUUCUAAUGCAUUUAUGCGAAAAAUAUCAAAAGGGCGAUUUGAAUUUAUGGUCUCAACAAUACAAAGAAAGGAUGCAAGUUACUAAUAUGCUUUUAUUUGAGGCAUCUUUGAUAUUUCGUCGUGAUAGUGAAAUGAUGUCUGAAAUUGUUCGUAAAACAUAUGCUAAUAUCGACAUAUCCUAUCAUCAACGUAAAAUGCAUGAAAUCUAUGAUAUGUGUGAAGUACAUCUGAAAAAACAUAAAUAUUUGGCUACCGAUUAUUUGACUAUAGCUGAUAUUUCUGCUGUCACCACAUUGAGUACAGUUGAUCUCAUGUUUCCCAUUACUGGUGCACAAUGGCCUUCGUUGACAAUGUGGUUGAGUGUAAUGAAAUCGCUGCCUGAAUAUGAAAUCAAUCAAAAAGGUUUGCAAGAAUUAAAGGUGAUAAUAGAAGAGUAUGGAAAAUUUAAAUUCCCAGCUAGAGAGAAGGAGGAUGGAGGAGAAUAUUUCAGUGAAAAAAUUCUAGUUCCCAGAAUUAUGGAUCAACAAUAUAUUUGUGCAGGAGUUCCGAUAUUGUAUUAUGAUGCCUUAAGUUCUCAAGCUCGCAGUUGUCAUAUGCUUAUAAAAUUGCUAAACAUCAAUGCAGAACUUCGACCCACAGAUUCUAUAACAGAUGUAAACUUCUACGAAACCUAUACAUGGUUAAACUCCUUUUGCAUGUUACCAACACUCGUGGAUGAGAACAUUACCCUAUGCAAUAAUCACUCAAUUUUGAUUUAUUUGUGUGAGAAAUAUGCUCCUUUAGAUUUAACAAAUUUAUGUCCCAAAGAUUAUACAUCAAGGUUACGCAUAAUGAGUCUGUUAUUUUAUGAGGGUUGUAUUCUUUAUAAAUGUUUGGGCUAUUUAUUGACUGAUAUCUUUUUAGCCAAAUAUCCCAACUUUGACAAGGAUUAUCAUAGAGCAAAGGUAUCAAAUAUCUAUAAGACCCUGAAUACAUUCUUAAAGGGUCACUUCUUUAUGGUGGGAAAUCGACUGACUAUUGCCGAUAUUUCCAUAGUCUCCACUGUUGCAGCUUUAAAUCUCGUAUUUCCCAUAGAUUACGAAAAGUUUCUGAAUUUAAAUGAUUGGUUACAACGUUUAAGGAAGACGGAUUUUUAUCAAUACAAUGAAGAAGGCAUUCAAAAACUAAGAUUUCUAUUGGAAAAGAUUGGAAAAUUUCCAUUUCCUUCGCCAUUUAGAAAUAAAGAAACAAGUUCAGAAAGUGAUUCUGAUACUACGGAUUCGGAAGAGAAUAAGAAAUCAGAUGUAGAGUGUAAAAAUGAUACUGACAUGAUAAUAAAGAAUAAAGAGGUAGAUGUAAAUACUAGGGGAGUACAUGAUUCCAGAAAUGUUAAACGGAGUUAUAAGGCAGAUAAAAGUACAAGCACUGACAGCUUAACAGAGUUGUUUGGAAAAAAUGAGAGUGCCGAUUUUGAUUCAGAAAAAUUAAAUUUAAAAACUUUUUUAGCUUUAGGCAUACCUGUUCUAUAUAUCGGUCCGGCAAUGAAUAAUGGAAAUAACUUCCAUGCAAAUAAAUAUACAGUUUGCGUAAAAGAUAAUUCAAAAUACAAAAAAAUCGAAUCCAAUCUGUCAAAAUUUAACGGCAAGUCAAAUAGAAAUCAAUUAUUGGACACAGAUAAUUCUACGGACGAUUUAACAACGGAAGAAAAGGAUUUGUCAAAAGCUACUGGUGCCCCAAACCGGAGAUAUAAACAUAAAAGGAAACUGCAAAAUAAGGUGGAAAAUAAUGAUCGUACUAAGUUUGCAGAACAAGAUGUUGAAGAUUUUCUUACAACAGCUCAAAGUCUUGAAUUAAUGUUAGACAAAAUUGAUAAAACAACAAUGAAUAAAAGUAGCCAGACGCACGUAUGGGGCAAAAAAGAUUCGGAUGAAUCAGUUAGAGAAAAGGGAGGGAAUUUGAAACUCAAUUGUGAUACAAAUCGUCAAUCAAAUUUUCAGAAGUUCGAUAAUAAGAAUAACGGAAAUUCCUUGCCGGGCACAAAUGUUUCUGAUGAUUCUUCUCUUAAGUCCCUAAUAGAAGCAAAGCUGAGAAUUACUAAAGGCGGCUGUAGUCAUUGUAACAAUUGUUUAUUUAAACACAAACGUCUGAAAGCUGGCAGUAAUCUUAAACAGCAAAAUAUCCCAUCUCAUGUCUAUGAUUUUCCCAAGAUAACUGAUCAAUAUAAACUGGGUAGUAAGGGAUCUAGUGAUAAAAUUAUUCAAGUAAUUUAUCACAUCAAUAUGAAAAGGAAUUCCAAAUUUAAAAAUAAAUAUCACUGGGAUAUUUCCCUUAAAAAGAAUAAUAUAAAUCUGAACAAAUCGAAAAUACCAAGAUUAAUUUCAAAUUCGAAACGUUGUAAAAAUACAUCGAAAGUAUAAUGAGAAAUUGAAUGUGAUUUAGCGAACUAGUUAAAGUACUUGUACUAAAAAUAUGUUAAUCAAUGAAUAAUAAAUUAAAUUAAAU